AUGUACUCGCCCAUCUCUGGCGCUGAAUCCAACGAAUAUGAGCUCCGGGCACCAGGUGUAGUACCAAGACAGGUGGUUUCCGCGCCGAAGCAGGCUGGACUGCUGGCAAAGUGGUCUGUCUUUGGCACCUUGCUGAUCACAACGACACUGAGUUCUGUUCUUGUCGUCGCCCACGUCCAGAGCUGGCUCAUCAACGAUACUUGGUACGAAUUCUGGUUCCUUUCAAUACGAAUCAACAGAGCCGCUCUGCAGUCCGGUAUCCAGAUCAUCGCCGUUCUCCUGGGUCUCAUCCAUGCCUCGGCCGUGGCGUACCUCGUUCAGUAUGGCGUCAGUCUCGCCUUCUUCAGCGGCACGAGCUUCACGACGCACAGCCUGCGGGCCAUGAUCAACACGAGUACACAGAGAGUCAACUGGAAGGGUCCUCCGCGCUAUAUGCUUCCGGUUCUCGGCAUGUCUGUUCUCAGCCUCAUCUCUUCGGCCGUCUGGGUCGGCGCCAUCACUCCCGUGGAGAGCAGUACCAUCGUCAAACAGACCGUCCUUCUCCCUUCCUACGACAACAUCACCCACAUUAAGGAAUACCCUUCCGAGAUCAAUCAGUCGGGUCCCUCAGACAUGGCCAAAGAGGGCCACUUCACCUACUCCGUCGGUACCAAGCUCCUCGGCAACCUCAUUGUCAUUGGGUCAUCUGCCACCACGCCCGACAACUCGACUCGGCGGCACCCCAAGAUUGACAACACCCAGUACAUCUACGAAGGCCGCUCCUACGGCGUCGGCUCGGCCGUUGGUCUCAAGGACUCGGCCGUCUCCAACAUCUCCUUCGCCACAGGCUACCGAUACACCGAGCGCGGCUACAGCGCCGACGUCGAGUGCAUCUACAACAGGAGCACGGCUCUCAGGAUCGGCCGCGAGUUUCCCAGUCGCAUCUUCGCCGUCGAGGGCUACCUGCCAGACAGCACCGGCUCGCGCCAGUAUUCUGAGUACGUCGGCCACAGCCCCGACGCCAUCGUCGCCGCCUCGGUCACCUACAGCGACGACUCGAUUCGGCGGUACGUCGGCAUCGCCGCCGGCGAGAGCUACCGCGCCCUCAACGCGACGCAGUGCACCGUCGACUUCACGCCGCGCCUCUUCAACGUCUCGGUGGCGCUCGCGGGCCGCAACAUCACCGUCACGCCUCUGGACGAGACUGACGACUUUGACCCGCAGCGCAACAUCACGCGCACCGUCGUGCGCCAGUUUGAGCUCAUCUCGAACGACCUGACUAACUUUUACGAGUCAGUCCUCGGCAACGCGUUCCUCUCGAGCAUCCGGGCGUGGAACAUCUCGUACAACGCCAAUGGCGCGGCGACGGAGGAGUUUGCCACGCUGAGGGGGCUCGAGAACUCCAUGACUGCCAUGGCGGAUUCCAUGCUGGCGGCCUACGGCGCGGCGCAGGUCAUGGUUGGGAAUUUCACCGAGGAGCGAGAGGUCGACGUCACCGUGGAGACGCUCGUCAUCGGACAGAGGGCCUACAUCAUUGCCAUUGCCAUUUUGAAUGCCUUGAUCGUCGCUGCUGUCAUUGAAGAGGCCAUCAGGACGAAGGGGUGGAGAGGCCUAUCCUCGCAAGACUUUACAGAUUCGGAGUGGCUUUUGCUGUCGGGAUACCGGGGCGGACAGGAAGCGGCCGAAAGUGAGAGGCAUCGACUGCAGUAUUUGAACAACAUCCAACGCAAGCCAGUGAGCAAGCCGGGAUUUUCCACAUCGCAGUUCUCCCCGGGCGAGGUUCGUGUUGGCAUGGGCCUUGAGACGCGGGUGGUCAUGGUACCGGCAACUCGUGGUAGGGACGGUCGGAUGGCGGUGAAGCUGAGCACGCGGGUCAAGGAAUGA